AUGCCGGAUCCUCGAAACAUCAAUGCGUGGAUGGGCCACUGCGGUGGUACAGAUCCAUACUGUCAACAAGGCUGUUCGCCGACAUGCGCCAACUACACGUACAUGACUGGUAUCGAGACCGUCGGUGCAUACAAAGAUCCUUCCGCAGAUACACUCGUCGGCAAGUUCGGGAACAGAGCGGCCAACCAACCUCGAGUUGAACAGAGAGAAGUUCAAGAAGCCAUGCGAAAGGUACAAGAAAGACAUGCCCAAGGCGGGACACAAAGUAGCCUACCACAGCAUCAGGUACGAUUUCAAGGACGUAAUUCUACCACGUUCGAGACGUCGGGAAUGGUAAACUCCAGCACAGUAGCCCCGACAUCGUCGGGACUCACUGCCAGUGACGCAAGGCGGUCUUUAAACAAUAUGCCGCGAGAUAUGUAUCAAUUCAGCUCGAGGUCAAACAAUUGUCAGAGAAUGUUCGAUGGAUCGUCUUUGUUGGAUCGAUCAAUCCGUUUGAUCACCGUGAUCGAUGUUUGCCAGGAAAUGUUCGAAUCUUCGAUGGUAUUUCGAGCUGACACCGGGUUCAUGUUCGAGAGAGUCAUGCGGCAGUCUGUUCUCAGACUAUUGGCGGUGCUUGUGCGAAUCUCGAUAUCCGAUAGACGAGUCGAUCUGAAGCUAAUAUGGUUUUGUGGGGAGCCAGCAUCAGCUACUGCAACUUCUGAGGACUAG